AUGGAGUUUGAUCAACUUGCCGAAAAAGAGGCAUCUCCAGUGGUCUUUCCAUUGCCGCAUGACGCAGCACAAGAGUUGGGUCUUACAUCGGAUGCAGGCCGUCGAUUUCAAGAACAGCUUCAAGAUCUUCAAGAACAGCUGGAGGCGGCACGACUUCAGGGCAGCGUUCAGCAGACAUCAACCGUUGGCUGCGAUCCGGGAGUGCCGGGAGUGCCGCAGGAGGAUGCUCCGAAGAUGUAUUUCUACGUGGUCCAACAUCUCCCGCAGAUGGAAACUGGAGGCUCAUCUUCUUCCACUUCGCGGCCAGAAACAUUGGCCCUGGACACCUUCGAUGAGGACCAUGAACCCUUGGACCACAAGUUCGUGGAUAGCCCCUCGCCCGCCCCAAAGGUGUUGAUGCGAGCCGUGAGGCUUGGCAAUUAG